AUGCAGAAAUACAGAGACGCGGUGUUGAGAACCUUGUGCGAGUUUGAGGGAUAUGAGAUACACCAGGUACCGAGAGAGCAGAACGCCGACGCCGACAUGCUCUCAAAGCUAAGUACCGGAGUCCCCAGCCACAUUAGGAAGAUCGCUCGACUAGAAGACCUCGAAACUUCAAGUAUCGACAUCUCGUGGGUCUUCCCUGUGCAGACUAGGGAGCCAUGUUGGAUUGAUCAUAUCAAGCGAUACAAGGCAGAUGGCACCCUACCGCAAGACGAGGCAGACGCCAAGGUAACGAAGUUACGGGCACCUAGCUACGUUGUCUCGGGCGAUAAGAUGUACAAACGCUCCUACAACGGCACGUUACUGAGGUGUCUAUAUCCAGAUGAAGCGAAGUUGGUGAUAAAAGAAGUCCACGAGGGAGUAUGCUCCGCGCACCAAGGGGCGUACACCAUUGCACGCCGCAUCAUGCUACAAGGGUAUUUUUGGCCCAAAAUGCUGAGGAAUUGCGCCGAAUAUACAAAGCGAUGUCCCAAGUGCCAAGAAUUCCAAGCACUGCCGGGUCGACCUGCGACGAACUACACCCCGGUAAGCACCGCGAUUCCUUUUUCAAGAUGGGGAAUUGACCUGGUAGGGGCCCUUCCCACGGGGACUGGAAGCAGAAAGUACAUCAUCGUGGCCAUUGACUAUUUCACGAAAUGGGUGGAGGCCGAGCCCCUAGCGAGCAUCACUGCAGCAAGGUGCAAAAGGUUUGUCGAGAAAAACAUCCUGUAUCGUUUCGGUAUCCCCCUCCAGGUAAUCACAGACAAUGGACGUCAGUUCGAGGCACGAGAAUUUUCAGAAUUCUUAGCAGGAUGGGGCGUUAAGCAUAGCCGGGUAGCGGUAUCUUAUCCUCAGGCGAAUGGGCAAGUGGAGAAUGCGAAUAGAACCAUCCUCGACGGCCUCAAGAAAAAGCUAGAAGUAGCCGGCGGAGCCUGGGUGGCGGAACUCGAUGGCAUCCUCUGGGCCUAUCGCACGACACCAAGAAGGGCCACCGGAGAAACCCCGUUCGCACUCGCCUAUGGAUUUGAAGCUCGGGCCCCGGUGGAAGUAAUCAUACCUAGUAGAAGGGUGGAGGAAUUCGAGUCAGAACAAAAUGAACUCCACCAAAGGGUGGAUCUAAACUUCUUGGAUGAAAAGAGAGAGGCGGUAUUCUGCAAGAUAGAGAACUAUGGUCGUCAACUAAAGUCCUACCACGACGCAAAAGUCUGA